CCUAAUUCAAUUUCUACAAUAGAAAGAGAAUGAAGAAUUGCAAUUGUAUAAUUCCAUAUUUUCCACCGAAAGACGAGCGAAUUGAUGAAAAAAAAAAACAAAAGAAAUAAAAGGAAAUGAAAAGCAUGCAUUAGCUAGGAGGGGUAGGGUAGGGUGCAUGCCUGUGAAUGCUCCAACUUGUGAAUUGUGAUAUCUGACCAACUAAGAAGCCCAUUUGGUGCAGCCCAAUGUAUCUCUCUCCUUCCACGUGGACUUCAACCCCUCUUUCUCUUUCUUUAAUUUACGUGGCCUGGCCUCUUUAUUAUUAUAAUAAUCAAUUAUCUAUGUAAUUAUGUAUAUAGCCCUUUCAAUUAAUUUACUUCCAUAAAUUACUUAUCCAUAACUUAGUGAAAGAGUAGAGAGAUGAAUCUGCAGGGAGGAGGAGAUGGAAGAGGAAAUGGAGGUUUCCAUAGCUACCGAACCCGCCUCCCUCACCCAACCUCCGACAUGAGAGCGCCAGCUGUCGAGAUGAACCACGGCGGCUCCGGCAACAACUCUUUGUUUCCCGACGACGGAGAAUGCACCGUCCGGGAGCAGGACCGGUUCAUGCCGAUCGCGAACGUGAUCAGAAUCAUGCGCAAGAUCCUCCCGCAGCACGCGAAGAUAUCGGACGACGCGAAGGAGACGAUCCAGGAGUGCGUGUCGGAGUACAUCAGCUUCAUCACCGGCGAGGCCAACGAGCGGUGCCAGCGGGAGCAGCGCAAGACCAUCACCGCCGAGGACGUCCUGUGGGCCAUGAGCAAGCUCGGCUUCGACGACUACAUCGAGCCGCUCACCCUCUACCUCCAGCGCUACCGCGACUACGACGGCGGCGAGCGGGGAUCGCUCCGGGGGGACCCGCUCCAGGUCAUGAAGCGGGGCAUGGUCGACUCGGCGGCCGCCGCCGGCUUCCAGCCGUUCCUGCAGCCGCCGCCGUACCCGUUGCCGGGGCACCACCAUGCUUCCUACUUCGGGUUUCCGGUGCCGCCGGUGAAUGGGUACCUGCACAGGGAUGGUGAAGCAAAUGGCGCCGCCUCUUCCCUGGCUGGCGGCGCAGCCACUAUUGAGCCGCCGCCCUGACCUCAUCAGUGCAUGCAAGGAGUAGCCAGCCCGUUCAAAGAUGAAGGUCAAAGCCCAACUGUCUGUCAAAAACUCUAAAAACAAUUAAGUAGCUGGUAAUUAGGAUUUUUUUUUUUUAACUCCGUCGUCUAGCUAGUCUCUGUUUUAGUUCAAAAAAAUGCAAGGACAGUUGAUGCAUUAUAGCAGCUCCCAUUUCUAAUUAGGACUUGAAAACUUGUUUUCCCCUGAUUAAAUAAAUUAAGUGCGUAAUUUAGAUUGAGAA